AUGCUGGAUAAUACUGAUAAGAUUAAUGAUCCCUAUGAGAGAUCACAAUUGGGUACUACUACUCCUGAACCAUUGCCCAGAUACUCCGAUAGUGAUGUCAAUACCACCACAGUUGACAAGGAGAAGCAACACUUGUUGAGUGACGAAGAAUGGGUCGAAGUCAACUCAUACCCUGAUGAGAAGAAGAAUUUGAAGGAAGAUAAUGUUGAUUUGGAAGCAAACCUUCAUAGGAAGCCACCAACCUUUAAUAAACUCCCACUCAUUGUUAUUGUAACACUUGUUCUUGUUGGUUAUACCUUGUUCAAAACUGUUGGGUUCUAUCAUUUAAGUAAGCCAUUUACCACCACACCUGAGGAUAUAAUUGAACUGAUGAAGGGAGACAGAAUCCCUCAUCCCCAUUCUUAUUUCAGAAACCUUUUGGACUUUGUCCAGACUGAACAGGAACCACAAGUUGACGGUGAAAUUGAUUCCACUUCCAAAAAGCCAAAAGAGAUUAUUGAAGUCACCAACCCCUUUGUUCCUAGCCCAAGAUUUGGUAAGCCGGUGUACAAGACAGUUUUACUUAACCAUACAUUUGGCGAUUCCUAUAACCACCCCAAAUCGGUUAAGUUUUCCAUUCCAAAGAAGCACAAGUUUAAUAAGGUUGUUCUUACCUUGUUCACUGAAGUUGAUGGUGUACAAUAUGACAGAUUGGGAAAUAUUUUCAUCAAUGGUGUGCAAGUUUGGAGAACAUCAACGAUUGAACCUGGUAAACAAAAGGUGUUCAGCGUUUUCAACAAAGAUGUUUCUAAAUAUGCUAAGUUAUUUGAAGGAGAAGAUAACGAAGUGUUGUUUGAAUUGAAUAAUAUUGUCAAUAAAAGGUUGACUGGAGCUUUCAAUGUUACGUUGGGUGCACAAUUUUUUGAUGUCGAUUAUGACAAGCACGACAAGCACCACAAGCAUCACGACAAACCAGACGGAGAUAAACACCACAAGGGGGAUGGUAAAGUUGGGGAGAAGCAUGAAGGUGUAGGGUCAUUCACAGCCAAAGACAAUGAGACGCCACAUCACAAAUCUUCUGAUGAAGAAAAGAGCCACCUUGGCAAGUUUAUGAAGGGAAAACAACACCAUUUGAAAGAGGAGUCUGAUUCUGAUUCUGAUUCUGAUUCUGAUUCGGAUGAUGAAAGAGAAGACCAAUCACCAGAGAAACAUGGGAAACACCAUAAGUUUGACUUUGACCACGAUGGAAAAAAAUGGAAACAUCAUUUUAGAAAAGGUGGCGUAAACCAUCAAGGAAAGAAGGAGCAUGGUAAACAUGAAAAACAUGAGGAUGGAUCAAAUCAUGAAAAGGAACUGCAAGAUGAAGAGACUGAAUCGAAGCCAUUUAAUGAACCAAAGAACCCAAAGGACCCAAAGAAACCAAAGGACCCAAAGAAACCAAAGGACCCAAAGAAACCAAAGAAGCCUGAACCUCCACACGAACCGCCUCAUGAACCACCUCAUGAACCACCUCAUGAACCACCUCAUGGUCCACCACCACCACCACCUCAUGAGCCACCUCAUGAACCACCUCAUGGUCCACCACCACCACCACCUCAUGAACCACCUCAUGAACCGCCUCAUGAACCACCUCAUGAACCACCUCAUGGUCCACCACCACCACCACCUCAUGACUCUCCUAUUAGGCCGCCUAACAGAUACGGACAUCUUUUCGCAAUUAACAAGCCAGCUGAUGCAGUCCACCCAUUAACAGUGGCUAAAAAGGGUGAAGCACCGGUUGAGUAUAUUUCUUCAAAAAGGCUUGCUGUGAAAUUACCAAAGGUUGCUAAAAACACUACUCGUUUACAGCUUUCGGUCUUUACAUCAGGUAAUGCAGCCGAAGAGUUUUGGUACACCAACGUUCUUGAUAAAUUUAAGGAUAUCUUUGAAGAGGAAGGUAAUGAAUUUAUUGGUAAAGGACCACUUAGAAUUGUCAAUGUUUACUUCAAUGGUGAAAAGAUUGCUGCUCAAACUCCCGAACCAGUAAUUUUCACUGGUGGAAUUUCACCUGCAUUGUGGAGUCCAAUUGUUUCGAAUUCAGCAUUUGAUGUACCUUCGAUUGAUGUUGAUGUUACACCUUUGUUACCAUUCCUUUGGGAGCACCAAGGUUUGGGUGAACAGACUUUGGAACUUGAAGUCAGUAAUGGAUUGGGCGAGGUUGGAAUUACCAAUUAUACUUCCGUUAAUGAUAACUGGAUUACAUCAGCUAAUUUGUUGGCUUACGAACACUCAGAUGUUGUUGGUUCUUCUGGGGCUUUGAUUAAUGUUGAUCACGAGAAUAGAGCUAAAGCAAUCCCUGUUGCAAUUCCAUUUACUCAUUCAUUCCAACAAAUUGUCAAUGGUAUCUUUUCAGCCCAAAUUGUGAGUACCUUGAGCUUUAAUUUGAAGAAUAACAAGACAUUAAACACAACCUUUAGCUCCUACUCUAAAGGUGAAAUUUCCAAUAUUCAACAUUAUGGCAGAUAUGGAGAUUCACAAGCUCUUGUACACGUGGGCCAUUCUUCAAGCUCAUUUAUUAUCACCAACAAUGAUGAGCCAGAUGUUCCUCCAGAGCCAGAAUCGGGCCAUGUUAGAGUCAAGCAUCACAAAAAGCCCGAAUUACCAUUCAACACAAUUCACACUGUCAACACGUCAUAUAGUUAUCCAUUAAUUUUAUCAACUAAUUUGAAACAUAAAGAAGUUGGCAAUGAUGGCGAUUAUGAAAUUGAAUACGAUGUUGGAAUUGUUGAUGUCAAGAGUUUGGAAAUGAAUUUUGAUGGAAAAUUUGGUCACAUUUCAAUUGAACAAAAGCAAAAUGGUAGUUCAACAUUUGUCUUGUCAGGCAAAGGUAAUCAUGGGUUUGGUAGCUUAACUGCUAAAUUUAAAGAAGAGAUUGAAUUUGGAAGAUUCAAGAAGGGUUUGGCUAGAAGAGUUGAUGCUAUUAAUGGUACUAUUGUACAUGAAGGUUUACAUUUGGGCCCUGACAGCUUGAAACAUGCAAAGGGUGGUAAGCAUGCAAAGCAUGCCCAAAAUUCCAAACACGCCAAACAUGGCAAACACGCCAAACACGCCAAACAUGCUGAUGGAAAACACGCAGGUGUAAAGAAGCAUCACCAAAAGACAAUCUUAGAUUCCAUUUAUGAUAUCCUUCCUAAAUUUAAGUCUUGUCAUCGUGGUAGCAAGGCUGAUCCUGUUCGCAAUUUGAUUGCCACUUAUAAGCAAAGUGGAUUUAAGGACAAUAUUGCCGACUUGACCAAUCAAGUUAUUUCUACAUUGGUUAAGUACAAGCAUGUGGGAUAUGAUUAUGUUUCUGAGAAGAAAAGUUUUGAACACGAACGCAAGGGUAGUGGUCGUGACUGCAACUAA